AUGUCACUUAACCACUUCCAAGCCCGGCUUCGUCCCCAGGUGCGAGCUCGGGUCAGCGCAGAGCUGGUCCUCACUCAGGAGGAGAUUCAGGUCCUUGCUCUGCCCUAUCUCCUGUUAAAGAACCUGUGGUUCUCUAAGUGCACUUUGCUUGUAGAUGUGAACUCUAUCUGCCUUCCUUCCAUCUCUGUUAUUUCUUAUGACCAAGACCUUCAGUUCCCAUCCACAAAUAGGUCAGGAUGGCUAACUGGUUGGCUUCCCACAUGGUGCCCUACAUCUACAUCACACCUUAAAGAAGCUGAAGAGAAAAUUUUAAAAUGUGUUCCCUGCAUAUACAAAAAAGAACCUGUUUGUAUAUCUAAUGGAAACAAAAUAUGGACACUGAAGUUCUCUUGCAAUAUUCCAAAUAAGACACCACUUGUCCUCCUCCAUGGUUUUGGAGGAGGACUUGGACUCUGGGCACUAAAUUUUGAAGAUCUUUCCACCAAUAGGCCUGUUUAUGCAUUUGACCUAUUGGGCUUUGGACGAAGUAGUAGACCCAGGUUUGACAGUGAUGCAGAAGAAGUGGAGAAUCAAUUUGUAGAUUCCAUUGAAGAGUGGAGAUGUGCCCUUGGAUUGGACAAAGUGAUCUUGCUUGGACACAACUUGGGUGGAUUCUUGGCUGCUGCUUACUCACUAAAGUAUCCAUCAAGGGUUAGCCAUCUCAUUUUAGUGGAGCCUUGGGGUUUUCCUGAGAGACCUGACCUUGCAGAUCAAGACAGACCAAUUCCAGUUUGGAUCCGAGCCUUGGGAGCUGCACUGACUCCUUUCAACCCUUUAGCCGGCCUCAGGAUUGCAGGACCCUUUGGUUUAAGUUUAGUGCAACGUUUAAGACCUGAUUUCAAGCGGAAAUACUCGUCAAUGUUUGAAGAUGAAACUGUAACAGAAUAUAUCUACCAUUGUAAUGUACAGACUCCGAGUGGUGAAACAGCUUUCAAAAAUAUGACUAUUCCUUAUGGAUGGGCAAAAAGGCCAAUGCUCCAGAGAAUUGGUAAAAUGCACGCCGACAUUCCAGUUUCAGUGAUCUUUGGCGCCCGAUCCUGCAUAGAUGGCAAUUCUGGCACCAGCAUCCAGUCAUUACGACCACAUUCAUAUGUGAAGACAAUAGCCAUCCUUGGAGCAGGGCAUUACGUGUAUGCAGACCAACCAGAAGAGUUCAACCUGAAAGUAAAUGAGAUCUGUGACACCGUGGACUGAGCACAUGGAAGCUGUGGUGGGGAAGCUGGUGACUGAUGCAUUUCCUCAGCUACAAUGUGGCACCUCCGAGGGAAGAGUAAGGAAGACAACACAAGAACGAAGACAGUCUUCUGGACUGCCUUAUGCACAUGUUUUCUUUAUGAAGUAUCCUACACAUUUAAACCAGUUAGUGCCUUCUAGAACAUUGGCUUUCCUUUCUCCCAUACAAAAUGGAAAUUUGCUUAAAAUACAUAAAGAAGUCUUGAAAUCUCAAUAGCAUUAAAUAAAAGGUUAUAUGUCCCUCUGA